GGCGUGUUAUAUUUCUUUUGUAUCCGAUUUUGUAGUUGUUAUCUGGGGCUAUCAACCUCCGUCUGAAUUGUGUACACAAGUUCAGGAUUCACAGAUAGGGGCGCUAGUGUCACUGUAUUCAGCUUUGCCUAACGUUCGCCAACUUAGACACAAUAAACAUUUGACAGAUUAAUAUAAAAUGUAAAAUAAGCAGAAAUAAAGUAUUGAUAACGUCCGCAUUUGGUUAAAAAAAAGUGGCUGUUCAUAACGCAAGCAUCAGUGCUGUGUUUAUCUCCGUGCUUUGCUAUACCUCUCCCGACAUCGCACACCUGGCCCAGAAGUCAUCUAAAUGACGUUGGCAGAAAUCUUUUAGUUCCUGCAAGCAGUUGACAGAAUAGAGCGCGUCAGCACAUCUCUGUGUCUUCAUCAGUUUGUACGGGAGUGAAUGAUUCUAUUGUCAUCUGGUUAUUAUGUUGCACUUUUGGUGUAAUGUUACAUCUCGUACUAUAACCUAAAAGAGUGAGACUUUUUCUGUAGAGGUCAGAUUACUAGGUGCUUAUCAUCAGAGUAACCAAUUUAAGUGUUAAAUAAUGACUGACAGUGGUUCAGAAGACUUGAGCAACGAACCACCGAUUAUAUUUUACAAACAUCGACCGGAAUGGGAUGAUGUAACCCCAGUUCCUCAAGAUGAUGGACCAAAUCCAAUUGUUGCCAUAGCAUAUUCCGAAUUAUUCCAAGAUGUACAUGACUAUUUUCGAGCAGUACUUAAAAGUGGUGAAAAAUCUGAAAGGGCUCUGCAACUUACAGAUGAUGCUCUUGAUCUAAAUCCAGCCAAUUAUACUGUAUGGCAGUAUAGGAGAGAGAUCCUAAAGCAUUUGGAGAAAGAUUUGCAAGAAGAACUCACUUAUGUAAGAGGAGUUAUUGAACGUAAUGCCAAGAAUUAUCAAGUUUGGCAUCAUCGUAGAGUAAUAGUUGAAUGGCUACAAGAUCCAUCUCACGAAUUAGAAUUAACAGAAGCAAUAUUAAGCCGUGAUGAUAAAAAUUAUCAUGCUUGGGAACAUCGACAAUGGGUAAUUCGUACUUUCAAAUUAUAUGACAACGAACUUGAAUACGUGGAUAGGCUACUUACUGAAGACAUUCGUAACAAUUCAGCAUGGAAUCAACGUUAUUUUGUUUUAAACAACACUUCAAAUUUCCCAGCAGAUGUCAUUGAUAGAGAAAUACUUUAUACAAUUGCGAAAAUUAAAAAGGUUACUAAUAAUGAGAGUGCAUGGAAUUACUUGAGGGGUGUGUUGGAACGAAGCGAUUAUGGAAUAUGUGAAAAUUCUGUUGUUAAGCAAUUCUGUGAGGAUUUAUAUGCAUCUGGAAACCGUUCACCUUAUCUUUUGGGAUUCAUGGUAGAAAUGUGUGAGGAACAAAUUGAAAAAGGUGCUGGUGACAGUUUCUACAAUUUGGAGCAAGCAGUUAGGUUAUGUGAUUCUCUUGCAAAAGAAUACGACACUGUUCGUAAGGAAUAUUGGAAUUACAUUGCUCGAUGUCUAACUAAUAAAAGAAAUAGUCAUUGUAAUAAUGGCUCAUCGAAGGCUCUAAUUGAAGAAAUGACCAGUGCAGCCAGUGAUGGUACAAUAGUUACGUCUGUUAAUGAAUGAACUAUAAUAUCUACCAGUGAUGCUAGUCUUUUGACAGCACAGCAUAAAUGGUACAGAUUGAUGAAUGAUAGCUGUGAAUGAAUGUUGCUUUUGUGUAAGUAUACAUUUUAUCGAGGCCUUUUAAAAAAUAAUUUUAUUAUUCUGAUGUUAUUAUUGAAAUGUUAUGAUACAUUUUGUCAGAGUUUCAGAUGAAGUUUUUCACUACAUGUAUUUUGAAACUUAGCCUCUUGCUCUUUGACUUACAUAGACCAGAAUAUUGAUGUUAUGACUUCACAUUGUGUUCAUAGUUUUACCUUGCAUACAUUUAUUUCAUGAGUAUUAAGAGAUUUGUUAAAGGGCAAAGUUUUUGUAACACUUUUAUUGCAUAUUACAAAACACUCGUAUUUGUCCUGGCUGUGGAACAACAAUGCUUUUUUAAAUAUUUUGUUUUUCUGUUGUCUAUCUUGAUUAAGGUAAUAUUGAUGUGUAAACAACAUAUAACGUAAUUGUAGAUUUUGAUAAGAGAGCUAAAUCUACUCUUAAUUAUGUGUAAAGCUCAAAAAUGUUUCUGAAAUGUACUAUUAGGCAUGUACGUGUAUGGGUUUUGAAUUCACAUUCUUUUCAGUGCACACUUGUUUGUAAGUCCAUCUUGUUAUUGGUAUUUUGAAAUAAUAUGUUGAUCUUAAUGAAUAUAAAGAUCUUUUGUUCGCACCAUGAAAUGUCCUGCAGAAGAAUUUCAUUACCCAAAUUAAAACUCUUGUGUCUGCUUAAUAAUAGUUUGAAUUCAUCUUUUGGGAUGUUGGAAUUCCUUUUUGGUUCAUAAU